AUGGGUUAUUACGUCAAGGGUAUGGCCGCAGGCGCACGUUUUGCCCGAGCCCGUGGAGCGUCUGCGUUUGCCCGGGCGUACAAUGCCAACUUUCAUGCUAGAUCGAUAUCUACUUUAUCGACAUUACCCCGAAUAGUUGGAGAAGCACCGAUGCACGGCUUCGCCGAGCAAAUACCGCCGCUGGUGUCUAUGAGCAUGUCCUGUGAGAUGACCUCGGCUGGAGGGUGUGCUGCGAAGACCAUACCUGAGGACGAGCUUGAAGAGAUGAUUGCUCUGCUGCAUUUUUCGCAAUCUAUUUCCGUAUCAUGUGGUGAGUUCAACCGUGUUUCUGAGAUUCGAUUCCUUGCGUAG